ACAAUUUGGUCGUAAUAAAGAUAUUACACACGGACACAGUUGAUUGUAAUGAAAACGAUUACUCGUACAUUUUCUUUCUUACCGAGAUAGUGAUUACCUUUGAUGUUUCGAACGUCAUAAACGGACAUCAUAACGGGAAAAGAAAUAAAAAGUGGAGGGCAGCCAAAAGAACAUAUGUUCGGACGGAAAACUGAUCAGAGAAUUCUUAUUGAUAAUGAAACGUAGGUAAUGUCGUAAUAACUUUUUUUCUGUGGUCGUCCACAAACGAACUCUCCUCUGAAUCUGAACUUUGCAUCUUGUCUCAUGAAGAUGGCUGCCAAUACCAACAUAUUCAGCGAUAAGGAGACAAAUAACUGGUUUAAGAUGUGCGUAGCCCUCAAUAUUACGAAGGAAGGACUUGCUAACUUCGUUGAGAACACAAUUAAAAAGGUCCACGCACCGCUUGGUAGCAGUUGUGGGCUAUGUUCCAUUGAACAACUGAUGCCAUGCCCUACGCAGGGUCUGUGUAAUAAAAGGAAACGAAAUAUUUGCUCUUUCCACAAAUCACAUCUGCCCCAGCCAUGUCAAAGAUGCGAUACAGUGAAACAUGGUAUAAUAUCAUAUCACCGAUUCAGUGGUCCUUCAUGGAAAAACAUUAAAGCACAAGGUUGGAAAACGGACUGGUGGGAAAUAGCCAAAUGUUACCUUCCUCCGCAAGGAUACGCUGACGUGUCAUCAGUUCAGGAAUCAGACUUUAAUGCGGUGAUUAACAUCAUUUUAAACUGCACAGAUUUCCAGAAGUAUCUCUCCUCCUCUUGGCUUUCACCUCCGCCGCCUGAUCCGCAAUGUCCGUUGGAAAAGGUCCGUCAAAUUGGCCGAGAUGUACGCCACAGUGCCAACUGCAAGACAACAGAUGCUGAACUUCAAGACUAUUUCCAGGCAUUGACCAUGCUCCUGGCAGAUCCAGUAUAUCUGGCACAUGAUCCGAGUGCAAAUACAGCCCUCAGUAGGCUAACUGAUCUUCAGAAUGACCGCCUCCCUCUGAUUGAAUUUGGCAAUAUGAGUAUGAGUACCAUACAAGCAAUUGAGCGUGCAAAAGAUGUUGCUGAGGAACAAUUCUCAGAAAAGGCAAAACAUACUCUUGAAGAAGGCUUAAACAAAAUAAAGGAAGCGUUAAAGAACGGUGAACAAGUGAUUGAACAAUCAAUAAAGACAAAGACAUUAGUCUCGAUAACACAGAUAGACACACUGACAAAAAGCAGUGUUCAACUUAUAGAAGACCACACUAAAGAUAGCAUGGCGCGCAUGCAACAAAAUAUUGCUGACAAGGCGAGAGAAGACUACGAAAGACGCGUAGAAUAUCUUCGUUGCAGACUGGUGGACCAUUACCGCGACACCGUUAGCUACGUGCCUUUGUCUGCGUUGAAUGUCAGUCUCGAUAAGCACGUACAAGAUGUCUAUGUCAUUCCAAAAAUACACAGGAUAAAAAUAGAGAAUGAUGGGAGACAAACAAAACAGGAGCAAAUUUUUUCGUAUAAAGAUUGCUUCAACGGCGGUGAUCAUUUAUCUAGACGUAUAUAUUUACAAGGCGAGCCUGGAAGUGGCAAAUCGACAUUUGCUUCCAUGUUAGUUAAUGAGUGGUGUAACAUACAAUUGCCUUCAACGGAAUCUACCAAAGAGAAAACGUUGUUUGUCGACUUUAAAACCCUGCAGAAAUUUAAGUUUCUCUUUUUCAUCUCUUUGCGAGAUUCAAGACAUCAUACGGAUGUAGUGCAGAUGAUCAAAACACAGCUAAUUGACAAGAUAUGUACGGAAGACAAACGUGAAGAAGCGAAGAAACUUUGUCUUCAAAUUAUGAAAAAUGAUGUAUGUCUCGUUAUUCAAGACGGUCUAGAUGAGUGGCCUGGUGAUGAAGCUCUACCUUCUAUGGCAGGAAUUCCUAAAGAAAACUGCAUCGUACUCACAACUUCUCGACCAUGGAAACUAAGUGAUGAACGUAUCAAAAAUUCUCAAAUAGAUAUUCUGUUAGGAGUUGAAGGUAUAAGCGAUACCAAAGCAUUCAAUGAACGGAUACUACGAUGCUUACUUGACGAAUCAAAGGAUGUCAAAGAAAGCGUGAAGCAAUUCGACAAAUUCCUCUUGAGUCGCAACUUGGAGUCGAUAUCAUCUUCACCUAUGCUGCACGCACUUGUUCUCUGUACCUGGGUAGAUGAUAGGGCUAAGUGUCUCACCGGAUCGUCACGAUGUGAUCUGUACACUACCCUACUUGACUGUCUAUGCAAAAAAGCCACUCCUGAAAUGUGUUAUUUCAACAAAUUGAAUCCACCGCCGGUAAAAAACUUUGAUGGUACAAAAUAUAUUAAAUCAAAUAAGGCUCACAUAGAUUCCAUUGCUGAAGCUGCGUUCUCUUUUUUGUUUUCAAAUGAAAAAGAGUCAUCAAUAGUUUUUAGCGAUAUCAAAUUGUCAGAAGUUUUGCUUCCAACUGCAAAAGAGUUCGCACUUUUAUCAGGAUUAUUAACCAAAAGGAAAGCAAAAAGAGUUACUGAUACGACUUGUAGGUUUGUCCACAAAACUUUUCAGGAAUUCUUAACUGCUUAUCAUAUCGCCAACAAUGCAGACGUUGUGCAUGAUGUCAUUUCCGGAUAUCUCAAACGCCAUGACAAUUCAUAUCUUGAUAUAUUUCAAAUUUUUAUAUUCCUGUGUGGCUUGAAUAUCUCAGCAGCGAAUAAACUAUCUGCUUUGAUGAAUGAGCUUGCAGUUAAUCGCAAUCAUAUGUAUAUGUAUGGAUUCUUCCAAAAAUGUAUCCUUACUGGCUACAGGGAGGCUGUAGCCAACAAGAACACCCCAAUACAGCUGCAUCUCAGUCACUUUAAUAUCAACAAUGAUAAUGAUGCUGAAGAGUUGUCUCAAAUCUGGGCUUUUAACAAGUCACGUGCACGAUCUUUAUGGGUUUAUUCGCAAAGAAUUGUGGUAUCAAUUUGUUCACGAGACGCGUUGUCUACUCGUUGUCAGGAAUCUGAACCUGUUUCCUUGCCUGCAUGUGACGAUCCUGGUCCCUCAGCAGGAACACGAAAAGUUCGGGAAGAAAUCAGUCCGUCUGCGUGCUGUAUGGAGUUCGACUUUUCAUGGUGUAACAACCUGGAACGGAUGAUUCUCUGGUGUAAUGCAAUAGUGCAACCUAAUUCACUGGUGGGCCUUAAGAAGUUGAAAGAUCUGCAAUUACGUGGAGGUUGUAAAUGUGAAGCCCUUGACUUGUCACAUCAUGAACACAUGGAAUCAAUUAAUGUCAGCGGUGGAGUAACUUUAUUACCACUGUCGGUUUAUAAUUAUAAAAGUCUUAAAUGUAUUAAGAUACUUACAACUUAUGACGGACUGGAUUUGUCACUGCUUGAAAAUUUACAUUCGAUAACAAUCAGCAAUAAGGUGAAAGUGCUACCAAAACGACCUCUCAUUCAUAACAAACAAAAACUGACUCAUAUUGGCUUAAUUGAGUUUGAUUUGAAAAGUUAUGACAGUAAAGACAGUUAUACAUGGUGUCUACUAAACGGUGAAGAUCCAGUACAGUGUGCAGACUAUACUCCAGUUCUGUCUUCUGUAGCACUCAUUGAAUUGCAUGGAGUCACAUGUUCCGUAAACUGGCUACGAAGUCUACUCACAACGCUUCUGACACUCGAUCAUAGGGUGAGGUGCGAGCUGUCGCACUGUAGUAUAACUUCACUCGAUCAUGAGGUUAAGGGCAGGCCGCAAGGCAGUCACACAGGAUCAUGCGCAGAGGAUGCAGACCUCAUUCCAGAUGAACUUACAUGCGCAUCCAUAGAUACGGAUUUAAACAAGACAUGUGCAUUCAAAGUGAACGACUUAGUCUGGCAACACUAUCUAUGGGAAACUCUGCAGGGACUGAAUGUCAAAAAGCUUAGUUUAAGGAAUUUGAAUCAAUGUUUUGUAUCAUGGUAUCGUUUACCUCCAUUGUCACACUCACUAGCUUCCCUCCCACAGCUAGAAACGCUUAGCGUUUAUUUAUCUGAAUAUAUCGACCUGCAGCUUCCACCGUCAUUGAAGCAUUUUAUAGGCUCUUUUUAUACAUUGUCUCCUUCACAAUUUCGCGAUCUUUUGAACAAAUUGUCGCCACGGACUCAAUCAGUUGAGUGUAGAUUGGAAUUCUUUUGUAUUAAUGAAAGAGAUAUUAACCUGCCCCAGAAGAUUCCACCAGAGGAAUAUAUCCUCAUUAAAAAGAAUCUCGAAGCACUGGAGCACGUGAAAGUGAAACGAUUUCAAUUAUAUGAAUUUGCACUUAGCACUAGUACCUGGUCUGUACGUGACAGUGUUGGACUUGAUGGCGAUGAUGAUGAUGAGGGCAUAGAUUAUUCGUUGUUAUCAGACCAUGAAGCAAUUGACGGCCUUGCUCGCAUAUCAAUGGGACUUCAGAUUAACUGUGUUAAAGAUCUAGACUUGACCGAGUGAAGUAAUACAUACGACUACAAGACUAUAUACGAUGGAUGAUCCGGAAAUAUGAAGACGUUACCCAUUCUUUAUGCGCAGUUAUUUAUUUGAUACAAAAACUAACGAACAUUAGUGUGAAUACCGUAAAUACACGAACUUUUACUCCUUUCCAAUUAGUCGCAUAACAUUUAUUUACCACAAUAUUUUUUAUUAAACAUAUUAUAUAGAUGUUUAUAUAAGUUUUAUUCAAAACAAUAUAUUCACAACGAAACAUAUAAAUGGAAAUAUAUUUCUGGAUCAUGUCCCGUACUCGUGAUUAUAUAUUUCCGGAACAGUGUUGUAUUUUGUGUAAAUAAUUGCAUACAUAUUAUUAACAAACUACAAAAUUCGGUGUGUACAGUAUAUCGAAUGCGACUUCAGAUCACCUGUGUUAGAUAUACAGCUAUGAAUAACCGAAGUUAUACAUGCGACUACACCCAUUUAAUGUUAUCACAUGUGCUAUACAUUUAUAGAACACAUGCGCAAAAUAAAUGUGCAAGCAUGCUUGAAUAAUUACGAAUAAAGUCAUUUGUACUUGAUUCUUGUGACGAGAAAAAGACUUUACAUU